AUGGGUCGCUGGGGAAUGUGCCUUUUCCAAGGCGACCAGGACCUCGACAUCCGUGGCGAAACCGAAUGCGCCAUGGGCCUCACCAGCGAUGGUGAUGUCGAGUACGACGCUGACGAGGAGCUGCAAUCCACAGAAUUCCGCGACAAGCUGAACGCUGGCCUCUGUGACAAGCUCUUCAAGGACUUCCGCAGCAAGGAGAACACUGUCUGGUUCCCAGAUCGCAAGAUGUACACCGUCAUCCUCGCCGCCAUGGUCAUGCAGAGCGGAGCCAAGAUCAGCGACGACAACAUGCAGCACCUGCGCGAGAUCGUUCCACAGAUCCAUUCCAGCCCAGGCUAUGCCUGGCCCCUCAACGACGAGGGUUUCCGCGACCCUGGAAGAGCCCAGUUCCUCGCUUCGCUGGAGCACUACACGCCAGGAACUCCGCGCACCUUUUGCGAGUUGAGCUGCUACCACUGUGGCAAGAUCGAGGCCGACCUGGGCAAGAACCUCUCUCGGUGCGCGAGAUGCAAGUUCGCUUCUUACUGCGGCCAGGACUGUCAGAAGGCUCAUUGGAAGGCUCACAAGCCUUCCUAUUUCGACCACAAGAACCCUCCCAUGAUGCUCAACGUCUAG